AUGUGUGUCCUACAUUUCGUCACCUACCAUGGCUGCGGCUGCAAAGUCCCAGGCACCUUCUUUUGCGAGCCGGCGUUGGAAGCGGCUAACUACAUCUUUGCACAUGCCGUCGCGUGCAUCGAUAUUUCGCUACCCUUGGUAGAAAUCGAAAGAGAUCAUGCGUGCUUCCUGCCAAUGUGUCCCAAAAAGUCCAAGUUUGAGCCGUGGCGGUGCUGCGCGUGCGGCGAGGGCCCCAACGAGACGACACUGUGCACGUUCAAGGUCGAGGACGUGCCGGAUUUCCUGAAAGACUAUCAGGAGUUUGAAGAGAUAUUAUGCCAUCAUAAUCUCUGCAUGAAGUGCCCCAAAUUUCGGGAACGACGAUCAUGUGUCGUGGAAUCGAUCAAAAAGCGGCGUAAUACGAUGGAGUAA